GCACAAAGCCCCCACAAACCCUAGAAUUACAAAAACGCCCACUUUCAUCUCUCCGCAGAUCACCAUCAAUCUUCUCCCAAAUCUUGCUCUAAUCUCCACCGUUCAUUUUUCCCGCAUUCCUGAUCUCCGCCGCCAUCAACCGCCUCCGCGCGACCCGAUUGCCAGCCCACGAGCCUUCGCUGCAUCUUCACUGAAUCAGCCAUAACAGCUCGGUUAAUGUGCAAAUGGAGGGAAUUCAUGGAGGAGAACCGGGGAUGAUGCAUUAUUUGCAAGAUCAAAAUCAUCAUGGACUGCAUCAUCACCAUAUGAGCAACGGGGAUGCCAUUGAUCCAGACGAGCAUGGCGAAGAGAACAACAUUGUAGCAACUGGAGGGGUAAAUGAAGUCAUGGAUGGGGAUGUUGGAGUUAAUAUGGGGAACCAAUCUGAUAAUGGUACAAUGAUUCAGCAUGUAGGGGGCGGUGACAAUAGUAAUCAGCUCAGUCUUUCCUUCCAGGGUCAAGUUUAUGUGUUCGACUCGGUGUUACCGGAGAAGGUUCAAGCUGUACUUCUUUUAUUGGGAGGCCGUGAAAUGCCUCCUAACAUUCCCACUGUUCCAGUAUCUUCUCCAACUAACAGGGGUGUAUCCAGUACUCCACAGAAGCUCAAUGUUCCCCAAAGAUUGGCUUCACUCAUAAGAUUCCGCGAAAAGCGUAAAGAGCGGAAUUUUGAUAAGAAAAUACGUUAUACAGUUCGGAAGGAAGUUGCUCUAAGGAUGCAACGGAACAAAGGCCAAUUCACAUCCUCAAAACCGAAUCAUGAUGAUAGUGCAUCAGCAGUGUCAAGCUGGGACUCAAAUCAGAGCUGGGGAGCUGAUGGCAAUGGAUCUCAUAUUCAAGAUAUUUCUUGCCGGCAUUGUGGUAUCAGUGAGAAGUCUACUCCAAUGAUGCGCCGCGGCCCAGAAGGACCAAGGACCCUUUGCAACGCUUGCGGACUCAUGUGGGCAAAUAAGGGGACUUUGAGGGACCUAUCCAAGGCGGCCCCACUGGGAGCCAACCCCCCGCGCAACAGAAGUGUGGAGAAUGGGAACUUUGAGGCGGAAGAAAUGGUCCUGAGCGCUGCUGGGAACGGCAAUGAUUCGUCUGGAUGAUAUAUCCAUUUCGCUCUGUAGAACUAAUAGAAAUGACAUUUAUAACUAGCCUAGCUUCAGCUGUUUAUGUAAUAGGUGAAGAAGUGGGUUUCAGACAAGGUAAAGUUUUUACAAAAAGAGUGCUCUUUUCUACAUGUGAUUGUUGUUGUAUCAGAAUCCGAUACUGUUUGAAAUUACUGUUAUAAUGCAUGUAACAUAAUAGUAUAUGGGGUUUUCCCUCUCUUUUCUCUCACAAAA